CCUCUGAAACGGUCCAUGAGGAUGAAACAUUCGAAAAAGCCACCGUACUGCAGUCAGCUACAGCCUUGGUAAUUCUCCGUGCUACCAGCGUCGGCCUCGAGUUCGCUAACAAACCCUCUUCCCUUCCACGAACCGUACUUGUCAGCAAACUGACGCCGUCAAUCUUGCUGGAGGCGAUCUGCUACGCUAUUUAUCCACCAACGUUUUGCUUUGGUCCACUGGUAUCUUUUAGUGAUUGGUGCCUGUGGAGGAAGAAAACACUUCAGGUAAUUUACAUGCAUCGAGCUGAGCAGACGUUUCUUUAUAUAACAGUUGACAUACCAGCUGUCAUUGAAAUCACACCUGACUUUAUGGGUAGUCUGACGAAGAGGCGACUGUGCGCUCGAUCUCUGGGUUGGCGUGCGGCUCGCUUGAUCCUCUGGUUCUUCGUCUGGGAGGCUACCCUGCACAUUGUCUAUCCGAAUGCCGUACUCUUUCUGGCCACACAACCGGCUGCUGAUGUUCCACCGCCACCACCUCCAGCAUUUGGUUCCUCUCUGUCAGGCCGAUUUCAUGCUAGCCCUUACUUGGAGACAGACCGCGCUGCCCUCGGGGGCGCCGUCUACCUCAUUGGCCUGCAGUUCUUCUUUGCUUACAUGCAGCUCUACGGCUGGCCAGGGCUUCUGUCAGAUGUCCAAGUCUACUUUCUGGCCCGUAGACGCAGCUCGUCGAAAUCGACAGGUUUCGCCUGCCUCGUACCCGAUGGACCACCCUGUCCCACUCAUGUCUUUCUCUUUUCUGAGAUGUGGAGGCAAGUCUUGAGAUUUGAUCGCGGCCUCUACAACUUUCUGAAAUGGUACAUCUAUUUACCCUGGCUUAAACCAAAGGAACCUACUGUUGAAAAGAAAGCAGUGACGCAUGCCAUUCUUUCGCAUCACCCGGUGUCACUUGUUCAGCGGCUACAAGGAGGACUUCUUUGUUUCCUCUUCGUACUUAUUUUUCAUUCCUGUAACUCACAGAACGGUGUGUUCACAAGUUGUUUUCCCCUUACUCUCAAAUAA